UGAUGAUGAUCAACCGAAUUCAUCAUCACCAAUAAUUGGGAUGAUGAGUAAAUUACAAAAAAAUUCACCAACAUCCAAUAGUAGUAUUAAAUCGUAUCAAAGUGAUGUUCAACAACAACAACAACAACAACAGCUGAAAAAUAAUGGCCUAUCACCACGAAUUCCAAGAAAACAAAUUCCAAUGACUAAUAAUAAUGAAAUGGAUAUUGACGAUCAAAAACAAAUUAUUUCAUCACCAUCGAUUAUUAUAACAGCAUCACCACAAUCCGGAAUCCAGAAUUCAAUGAAUGGUUCAUCACAACAACAACAACAACAACAGCAUCAGCAUUUGAAUCGAAAUCCUCAACAAUUAUCAACCGAUGACUUAAAUGGUUAUCUAGAUUUCGAUGAUGAUGAUUGUUCACCACGUACACGAAUGAUACCAAAAGAUUCUGGAGCAAAUUGGAUACAAAUGGAUGAUUAUCAUUAUCAACAAAAGUAUAAGGGUAAAAAUAUUAUAAAUGAUGAUCAACAAAAACAACAACAACAUGGAAAAACGGAUAAUGAUCGAAUCGAUGUUAGUCUUUAUACUACUAAAAAAAAUGUUGCCCAAGGAAUGUUAGUGAUUGCAUUAUUAUCGGCUAAUUGUUCACAAUUAAAAUAUCUUCUUUAUCAUUAUGAACGUGAUGUUCCUAUCGCAUCAUCAUCCGUAUCAUCGAUUCCAUCAUCCGGAAACAGAGGCGAUACUAAUACAUGGGCUACAAUAUUUCAUACCAAUACUAAUACAGGAUCAUUAGAUUUUUAUUUUACAACAAAUCUUGCCUGUAUUUGUAUAUCAAUAUUUUUACAAAUAAUCAUUGGAAUAUUGUUGAUACUAAAUAGUCGUCAUAAUGUUUACAUUCAUCAUCGUUAUCAAAGAGUUGCAGAUUCAUAUUCGAAUUGGAUAUUAUUAGCCGUAUUCAUUGUUACGGUUGUCAAUAUAUUUUUAUCCGUAUUUAUUUCAGCACGUUGAUUGAACAUUAUCAGAAAAAAAAUUGUUUUCCAAUUUUAUUGGAUUUUAAAUCAAAAUAUUAAUAAGUUGUUAUAGUAU